ACCACUAAAUUCUUCUUCUUAAUUAGCAAUACUCACCGCCCAAUAUAUACUCACAAAAUUCCACCACUCUUCCUCACACUCUUUCACUCACUAACUUUCAUUUUGUUCACAUAUUUUGUAAUUCAUAAAAAUGGGCUAUGGCCGAUUAGGUAAACCGGAUCCCGGAGAAACCUCCGGCAGGGUGAUAAUUCCCAAUCCUAAUCCCCGGAGCUCUAAGAUUAAAAUCAUGUUAAUUUCUGCCACUGUACUUUUAAUUGCUUCCGCAAUUUCCGUUGCAGUUUUGAUCGGAGUUCGGCAUAAGGCCGGAAAUAGAAUUGAUAAACCAAGUCAAGCAAUGGCGCGUACCUGUAGUCGUACUCUGUAUCCAUCUCUCUGUCUCAAUUCGCUGAUUAAUUAUCCUGGAGCUAACUCUGCUUCUGACAGUGACCUCGUUCACAUUUCCGUCAAUUUAACUCUGCAGCGAUUUGGUAAAGGACUUUACAAAGCUUCCGAUAUCAACAACCUCCAAAUGAACACUCAAAUUAGAUCGGCAUACGACGAUUGCCUUGAAUUGUUGGAAGAAUCAGUCGAUCUUCUCUCACACUCGUUAAACUCUGUUUUCUCCGGCGACGGAGAUUCGCCGACGGGAUCUACACAUGACGUGAUGACGUGGCUCAGCGCAGCUCUCACGAAUCACGACACGUGUACAGACGGAUUCGCCAACGUCACCGGGAAUGUGAAGGAUCAUAUAUCGGAGAACCUCAAGGACUUAUCUGAAUUGGUGAGUAAUGCUCUCGCUAUUUACGCCGCCGCGAAUGGCGACGAUGAUUUCUCCGUGAUUCCGAUACAGAAUCGCCGGCGUAGAUUGAUGGAAUUUGAAACACAUCAUGAUGAAUUUCCAAAAUGGAUGUCUCGGAGGGAUAGAAAAUUGAUGAAUAAAUCAGUGUCGGCAAUUCAAGCAGACAUAAUUGUGGCUAAGGACGGUAGCGGAACGGUGAAGACGAUAGCUGAGGCGAUAAAAAAGGUGCCGGAAAAGAGUAAUCACCGGACCAUAAUUUACGUGAAGGCGGGAAGGUAUGAAGAAAAUAAUUUGAAAGUAGGGAGGAAGAAAAUGAACGUGAUGUUCAUAGGGGACGGGAAGGGGAAGACGGUGAUUACGGGAGGAAAAAGUGUAUCUCAGCACAUAACAACAUUCCAUACUGCCUCCUUUGCUGCAACUGGAGCUGGUUUUAUUGCAAGGGAUAUGACAUUUGAGAACUAUGCUGGACCAAACAAUCAUCAAGCAGUAGCCCUCCGUAUCGGAGGUGAUCACGCCGUGGUCUUCCGCUGCAAUGUUAUUGGAUACCAAGACACCCUCUACGUGCAUUCACAGCGUCAAUUCUAUCGCGAGUGUGAUAUCUAUGGGACAGUAGAUUUCAUUUUUGGAAAUGCAGCAGUGGUCCUCCAAAACUGUAACAUCUAUGCUCGAAAGCCGAUGGCUAAUCAAAAGAACACCAUCACAGCCCAAAACAGGAAAGACCCUAACCAAAACACUGGCAUUUCAAUCCAUGCUUGCCAAAUCAUGGCAACACCUGAUCUCGCGGCAUCCAAAGGAAGCUUCUCUACAUAUCUAGGCCGACCAUGGAAGAUGUAUUCGCGAACAGUUUACAUGUUAUCUAACAUGGGUGAUCAUAUACACCCACAUGGUUGGCUUGAGUGGAAUGGUGAUUUCGCGCUUAACACAUUAUAUUAUGGUGAAUACAUGAACUUUGGGCCAGGAGCAGCAGUAGGGCAACGCGUUACUUGGCCAGGGUAUCGGGUGAUUAAGUCUGUCGAAGAGGCCAGCAAGUUCACUGUAUCAAAGUUUAUUUAUGGAUCAUCUUGGUUGCCUUCAACUGGGGUGUCUUUCUUGGCAGGGCUAAGUACUUAAAAGGAAGGUAUAAAUAUCAGAUUUAUGGUUUUUGCAGUUGGUAUAUAAAUAAGUAUGUACCAUUAUUAUUUAAUUCCAAAGUGCAAUAAUUUAUAAGCCGUUAAGUUGCAAUUUUGCUUUAUUGGUGAACUGACUAAAGAGCAAGUCUGCAACAUUCUAGAGAUACCUCUUCAUUAAAUGAUAAAUGUUGUAAUUUCCUUUUUGUUGUAAUUAGAACAUACUAGCAAAAAACUAUUGGUUCAAUUGAAAAAGUGUCAGUUUUACAUUA